AGUAAUCGUUGCUUUGAGUUAAUUUUCAGAACUUCUACAAAAAGUUUCUUUUUAUUGAUCAUAAAAUCUAUUAUAAAGUAUAAAACUGUUGCAUUAAAACAUAAAUUUUCAGCACUAACGCGAUUUAGGACUUAGCAAUAUUAUAUGUAUGCCGCAGGCAAAGAUUAUUAAUUAACGCUUUUGUUUUUCUAUCGAACAUCAUAUUUAAAGACAAAAUAUUCUGAUUACGGAAGAAUUCGAAUAACAAACAAUGAACGGUUUGCCAAGCCCCAGUAAUGAUGAUGCUGUCGAGUGUCCCUUGUGUAUGGAACCUUUUGAAGUAGAUGACCUAACAUUCUUUCCGUGCACUUGUGGCUACCAGAUUUGUAGAUUCUGCUGGCACAGAAUCCGUACAGAUGAAAACAAGUUGUGUCCUGCGUGUCGAAAAGAAUAUCCGGAAAAUCCGGCAGACUUUAAACCAUUAUCUCAAGAAGAAAUGAUCGCCUUCAAGUCCCAAAAACGUCAAAGGGACCAACAAAGGAAGCAAAAGAUAACUGAAAAUCGAAAACAUUUAGCCAAUGUUCGUGUGGUUCAAAAGAAUUUGGUAUUUGUUGUUGGCCUACCACCAAGACUUGCUGAUGCAGAUAUAUUGAAGAAACAUGAGUAUUUUGGAAAGUAUGGAAAAAUUCAUAAGGUAGUUAUUAAUCCAAGUACUACUUAUGCUGGAGUGCAGGGUCCAUCUGCGUCAGCUUAUGUCACUUAUCUUAAUAACGCAGAUGCGUUAAGGGCUAUCCAAAGUGUGAAUAAUAUUAUGAUAGACGGGCGUCUUAUUAAGACAAGUCUCGGCACGACCAAGUAUUGUAGCCACUUCAUGAAAAACCAAACAUGUCCUAAAAGCGACUGUAUGUAUUUACACGAACUAGGAGAUCCAGAGGCCAGUUUCACAAAGGAGGAAAUGCAUCAGGGCAAGCAUCAGGAAUAUGAGAAACGUUUACAUGAUGCUCUAAUUGCCUCUUCGGGGCUAACGUUAAACGCACCAACCGUUGCCUCAGGGAGCGCUCACAGUGGCGCAAUAAAAUCAAAUGCCUCGUUAGCGAUAUCAUCGUCACAGUCUUCAUCAUCAACAGCAUCUUCAGCAUCGUCAUCGUCAGCUGCAAAUAACACAUCUAAUUUGACAAAUACGCAUCAAAAGGAGGCAUGGCCCAGUUUAUCUCUUUCGCCAAUUAAUGUCAAGGAUUCAGUUGCAACAGGGACUGGGCAAUUGAACACAAAUGGCAAAAAUAAGAAAGACAAAAGUCGCAAUGAAAAAACUAGAAAUGAUAAAAGUAAAGCUAAAAAUAAAAGCCAAAACUCCAAUGCUUCAAAUACAUCAAACAAAGAGAACUUUUUACCAGAUAUUAGACAGAACAGAGAUAGAAAUAUGGCUAGUACUGUAUCUGAAACCAAUACUGACAUAAAUAGUUGUACGAACCAGCAAAAAGCUGACCAAAAUAAAGAGAAGAGCUCCACACCGAGAACGGCAUCAUCAACAGAGCAACAACUAAUGCUGAAUGCAAAGCAAAUAGAACAGUAUGCGGAUCAAACCGUAAGAAACAGCUUGGAGUGCAGUAAUGAAAAACUUUCACUUAAAAAGAAAAACAUUGGAUCCAAUGUGAAACGAUCAUUAAGCAGAUCUAGCAGCGACAAAAGUGUUGAUCGAGCCUCAGUAAGCAGUGUCAGUACGUCUGACGAUUAUGAGAAAAACCAGCCUAAUAUUAUCACUUCUGGUUGCCAUACAACAAAUACUUCCGAUAAUAUCGAAUUGGAAGAAAAUGAAUCAAGGGAUCGUGAAGAUAUGAAUAUUAUAAGAAAAAACAGUUUUACUGCUACCAAAAACAUUGAAGAUAUUGGCACAGCUGGAGAUCCAAGUCAGUGUGUCACGAAACUAAUAGUCGAUGACAAAACAAAAGAAAUUUCAGAUGUGGUCUCUAAACUUAACCUUUUUGAAGAUACUAAUAGUUACUUCUCAUCAACACCAACAUUCCAUCAAUCGUUUAUGUUAAACAAAAAACUGGAGUCGGAACAACGUCAAUCGCAAAUCAAUAGCGCCAUAUCUUCCCGAUUGCCCGAUUUGCUAAAUGGUAUUGAUGGAUAUCAAAAAGGUUCAAAUACAAACGAGUGGGAGGAGGCCUUUAAAAAUGUCAUGAUGCGGAAUAAUAGACAUGUUGAAGAGCAGCUUAUGCAUCAGCAACAUCUACAACAACAACAGCAGCAGCAUCACCAGCAGGUUUUGCAACAACAAGAAGAGUUCAUUCGUAUGCACGAGUUACAAAAAAGAAAUAAUACAAUCAAUAAUCUGCCUUUGUCUCAGAUAUCUGGCUCACCCGCAGUUGGCCAGAAUAAUAGGUGUGCCUAA